UCAAUUGCCGCCUGAAACGAACGAUCGAACACCUCAAACAUAAAUCUCAAAAUCGCGCUGGGCAACCAGCCGGUGGUGGGCGAGCCGCCGCACGACGCCGGUCCGAAGGAAGCGCCUCCGAAACGCAAACGAGAUCGUCGAAAUCGGCGAAACCGUUCAAAACGAAAGCGAGAGUCGCGCACUUACAACAUCGCGGCUUUUUGUUGCUUCGCUCACGUUUUGCAUCGCGGUUGCUACUGCUGCGUCGUGUAGCGUGUCGCUCGAUCGCGUUUCAUCGAUAAACAACGAAAAACAAAUGCGUACCGCGUAACAAACAAAAAACAAAACGAAGCUCAAAAAAAAAGCUAUGACCAUCAGCCUGCUACAUUACUCAGAUAACUAUAUCAGUGCCGAAUUUUAAUUUGUUUGUGCAAAUUGCUAAUUAUAGAUAAAUAGAUAAUUAUCAAUAAUCGUGCCCAGAUGUGCGUGUUUUGAUUGAAGUUCUAAAUUAAAUUAAUAAUUUUCCACACGAGAAGUGCAACGUUGACAUUUUAGCAGUGCUCAAAAUAUGGAUUUAUUAAUUUAAACUACCUACACUAAACUAAACUGACAGUACUUUUACUAUUCUGCUUUGAACUUUAAAGUUUUGGAAAUUUCCUGGGUUUUCGUGCAAAGACCCUUAUGGAUAAUGCCACAACAACGACAUCAACGACACAAACCAUUCAUGAUCGUAAAGUAACCUUCGACGCGCCUCCUACAAUAUGUUUAAACACCGCCCUGACACGCCCACUGGGGCAUAUGGGCCCGCCUCGCGCCCAAUUGCGUAAACUCAGUUUCCCCGCAGCAUUGCACGCCAACCUCCUCGGUAUCGCCCCCUACGCAAAGCCCAAUGAGGAAAAUUUGCACGCCAAGCGGCGGUUUAGCAAUGUAAGCGAUGCAGUCUCUCGUAAAUUGUCGACGAUUGGCUGGCGAAUGCCAAGCGUCCCGCCCGAAGAAGUCAUCGCGCAGGGGCGUGUCCUCUGCGGGCAGUACAUCCGAAACAGGCUAAAACGCUCCGGAAUUUUCAGUAAAAAAUUAGGACUAUACAGAUUACGCAGCAUGGUUGGGACAUCAAGCGCGUUGAUUGUGCGAGAUGUAUUUCCAGGAUUAAUCGCUGCAGGAACCGAAUUGGAGCGACAAUAUCCCAAGGUUUAUAAUAAUGUUGCACGGCAAGCGAGUCACACACCUGGCGGGGUUUUAAUCUCGGAGAAAGCUGCUGCUGCGCUCUUGGCGUCGAUUGGACAUGAUUUGUUUAAGACGGAAAUUACUUGGGGUAAAGUCGUAUCAAUAUUCGCAGUCGCAGGUGCAUUAGGGGUGGAUUGCGUAUGCCAAGGGCAUCCGGAGUACUUGCAUGGGCUGAUGGAAGGAAUGGUUGAAGUAUUGGAAGAUGACUUAGGGGAUUGGAUAGCUACCAAUGGUGGAUGGAGUGGAUUUGCGCAGCAUUGUAAAUCUGAAGACGACGAAGUCACCGUGAUUGAAUACGUGUCCAUCCUUAUUAUAGGAAUAUCAGUAUUGCUAAUAUGUUAUUUUAUUAUUAGACUAUUUAUUAAACUUGGUAUGUUUUGAAA